CUUUCUUAUAAGAUUACGAAACGGCCGAUUCUUAAUCAAUUCCGCUUGAUUCCGCCGUCUGUCCCCGCCUAAGCUCCGGCGACACUCGGUUGAUGAUCGAAGAGAUUUGGGGUGGUGAGGUGAAUCGGAAUAACGAUUUAAGAGAGAAGAGGAGUGAUGAAUGAUAGAGGAGGCUCGUUUGUCGCCGUCAGGCGGAUUUCUCAAGGCCUUGAACGAGGAAACGUUUACCAUUCUUCAUCUGCUGAUGUUGUGGCUGGAUCGGCAGCAUGGUUAGGCCGUGGCCUUUCUUGUGUUUGUGCUCAGGGAAGAGAUGGUGAUGCCCGUCCUUCAUUUGAUCUAACACCUGCUCAGGAGGAAUGCCUGCAGAGGUUGCAGAACCGCAUUGAUAUAGCAUAUGACAGCUCAAUAUCUCAGCAUCAGGAAGCUCUGAAGGAUCUUUGGAAACUUGCCUUUCCUGAAGAAGAGCUACACGGAAUUGUAUCUGAGCAAUGGAAGGAAAUGGGUUGGCAGGGAAAAGAUCCAUCAACAGAUUUUAGGGGUGGCGGUUUCAUAUCUCUAGAAAACUUGUUGUACUUGGCUAGGAAUUUCCCGAAAGCUUUCCACGACCUUCUGCGGAAGCAGGUUGGGGAUCGUUCUGUGUGGGAAUACCCAUUUGCUGUUGCUGGCAUCAAUAUUACGUUCAUGCUCAUCCAGAUGCUUGACCUUGAAGCAGUGAAACCACGGAGUAUUGUCGGGGAAACAUUUCUGAGGUUCCUUACGGUGAACGAAUCUGCGUUUGACCUUCUAUAUUGCAUUGCCUUCAAGCUAAUGGAUCAGCAAUGGCUCUCCAUGCGCGCUUCAUAUAUGGAAUUCAAUACGGUUAUGAAAUCGACAAGGCGGCAACUAGAGAGAGAGAUUAUGGUUGAAGGCAUAACACGUCUUGAAGAUUUACCAUCAUACAGUCUUCUCAGCCAAUAUAGCAUACAAAAGACUACUUUGUAAGUAGAAAGAUCUAACACCUCAGAAUCUCUAUAGCCUAAAACAACAACAAAGCUUAAUUACAAGCUAAAAAGAAGAAGACACGGUUUCUUUCCGUAUCUCUACAUUUCAUCACUAGUGUUUGGUUCCAUGAAUCAUCGGAUAUUAAAAUUGUUGUUGCUUUGUGGCGAGGUUCAGGGUUUUGUUUUUCUAUGGGUUUAGUUUUUUUUUUCUAACUGGUGGUGCUUGUAAAGACGUUGUUGGUUUAGUUUCUUUUAUGGGCUAAUAAAUCACUUGGUUAUAUUUCCA